AUGCUGUCUGGCUACGCUGUGUCCCGGCUUGGGCUUCUUAAUGCCCUAACACAUGCUACCCUCAGCAGUGCUGCCACACUUUUUCAGGGCGGAACGGUAAUCACUUGGGAUACAUCUGCCAAUUACCUCGAUGUCAUCCGUAACGGUUCUGUCCUUGUAGAAAACGACACCAUCUCCGCUGUCUUUUCAGCAUCAUACAAUGGCACCCUACCCUCCGAUUUGGAAGUCGUUAAUGCCACCAACGACAUCAUAUCAACAGGCUUUGUCGACACCCAUCGCCACAGCUGGCAGACGGCUUUCAAGACCCUAGGCUCCAAUACCACUCUCAUGACUUACUUCCAACGCUAUGGCACCGACUCGCCUGCUGCUACAACAUUCACGCCCGACGAUGUAUACAUUGGUCAGCUGGUCGGAUUGUAUGAAGCUCUGAACGGAGGCGUCACGACUAUUGUCGACUAUCCGCACUGCACAUGGUCAGCAGAACAUGCCAUGGCAGCACUGAAUGCCACGUUUGAAAGCGGUGUCCGAGCUGAGUUCGCAUACUACUUUGAAAACUAUCCAAACUUUACAAUCCAAGGACAAACAAAGCUUUUCCAAGAAUUAGCCAGGGAUGAACGCUUCCAAGGCUCACCUACCAACUUGGGAAUCUCGUACGACAACUUCAGCAGCGACAACAAGAGCGAAACGCAAUCUAUCCUGGAUCUAGCAAUCGAACACAACGUAUCCGUACUAACCACGCACGCCAAUGGCGGCGUCUACGGCGCCCCCAACUUCCCCUCCGUCCUCCAACCCUUCAACUUCCUCAACACCUCCAUCCCCAUCAUCUUCGCCCACGCCAGCUACCACACCCCCACGGACGCCCAGCUCCUCCGCCAACACAACCACUUCAUCUCCACGACCCCGGAAUCCGAAAUGCACUACGGCCACCUCCACCCAAACAGCCACCUCAUCAUGGACCAAGCCUCCCUCGGCAUAGACACCCACUUCACCUUCUCCUCCGACAUCCUCACCCAAGCCCGCCUCUGGCUCCAAACCGCCCGCAAAACCCUCUUCACCGAAAUCGUAGACCGCCGCCACCUCCCCGCCCGCAACCCAAUGUCCGUCAACCAGGCCUUCCUCCUCGCAACUCGCAACGGCGGCCUCGCCCUCCGCCGCCCAGACAUUGGUGUCUUGGCCCCACAUGCCAAAGCAGACCUGCUCGUCUGGAACGGCCGCGCCCCCAGCCUCCUCGGCUGGUCCGAUCCCAUUGCUGCAAUCAUGCUGCAUGCCAAUGUCGGCGAUAUCAAACACGUCAUGGUCAAUGGCGUCUUUCAAAAGCGAGACGGACAGCUUACCGUAAAGGAUUACGAGGGCUUGCAGCAUAGGUUUCUCGACAGUGCGACAAGGAUACAGGCGUUGUGGAGGGAGAUGCCGUUGCCGGUUAGCAAGGGCGAGGCGCAGAAUCGAGUCGAGUUUGAGAGGCCCAUGGAGGCGGAUGUGGAGAGGGGUGAGGGAACGGGCUAUGGGCCCUUGUUUGUUUAGAAAGCUAGCACGUGUGCCAUGUUCGCUGAGAUACUAUCUAAAUUUAAUUUUACAUGAGUUAUAUUU